GGUACCCCUAAAGCCUCUCUCACAUUCCCUCAAGCACCAGAGCAGGGUUUACAUUUUACCAUUGUUUCAUCUGUGGUACCAAAAGCCAUUAAGAUGCCGAAAUCGAAGAUAUUCCCCUUCCCUAGCUCCUCUCUGUGGCUGGCAUCCGUUGCACUGAUGGUGCAGUUGGUGUUGUCCUCUUCUUCGACCUACCGGAGACCUACACCCGGCGGCGGAGGAAAGAGAACAGGGUUCAUGGAGAGAACGCUGAUUCUGUUGGACGUCAACGCCCGCAGUCCAGUUAAAGUUCUGAACGACAACUUCCUCUCUUUACAGCUGGAUCCGUCGAUUAUAAAGGACGGGUGGCUGGACUUUCUGAGUUCUAAGCGUUUGGUUACCCUUGCCCGUGGACUGUCCCCUGCCUAUCUGAGAUUUGGAGGAAAGAGAACGGACUUCCUUCAAUUCCACAACCUGAAGAACCUUGCAAAGUUCCGAGGCCCGGGCCCAGACUACUACCUAAAAAACUACGAAGAUGAUAUAGUGCGUAGUGACAUCGCCCUGGACAAACAGGGGGGCUGUAAGCUGGCCCACCAUCCUGACAUGAUGCUGGAACUUCAAAGAGAGAAGGCUGCUCAAAUGCAACUCGUCCUUCUCAAGGAGCAGCUCUCCAACAUGUACAGCAACAUCACAAUAACAGCCAGGUCUUUAGACAAACUGUACAACUUUGCCGAGUGUGCUGGUCUACACUUGAUCCUGGGGCUCAACGCCCUGCAGAGAAACCCUGACUCCUCCUGGAACUCCUCAUCAGCACUCAGCCUCCUCAAGUACAGCGCCGGGAAGAAAUAUAACAUCUCCUGGGAGCUGGGCAAUGAGCCUAAUGGCUACCGUAAUAUGAUGGGUCAGACAGUGAACAGCACCCAGCUAGCCCAAGACUACACCCUACUGAGAACGCUACUGCAGUCUGUACGCUACUAUAGCCGCGCCCACCUAUAUGGCCCUAACGCCGGCCGACCACGCAAGAAUGCCAUUCUACUGCUCAAUGGGUUCAUGAAAAACGCUGGCUCUGUAGUGGACGCUGUAACGUGGCAACAUUACUACAUGGAUGGCAGAGUGGCCAAGGUAGAGGACUUUCUGAAGACUCGCCUGCUGGACACACUGACCGAACAGAUCACAAAAGUACUCAAGGUCGUGAGCAGCCAUACCCCUGGUAAAAAGGUGUGGUUGGGUGGAGUGGGUCCGGCGUGGGCCGGAGGAACCAGUAACCUCUCUAACACAUAUGCCGCUGGCUUUCUGUGGUUGAACACUCUGGGUAUUGCAGCGUUGCAGGGGAUUGAUGUUGUCCUGCGACACUCAUUCUUCGACUAUGGAUACACACACCUAGUAGACCAGACCUUCAACCCGCUACCGGACUACUGGUUCUCCCUGGUAUUCAAACGGCUGGUGGGUCCCAGGGUGUUGGCAGUGCGUGUAGCAGGCUUACAGAGGAAACCACGGCCAGGGAGGGUCAUACGAGACAAACUACGCAUCUACGCGCAUUGUACCAGCUUUAACAAUCACAACUACGUGAGAGGAUCGGUAACUAUCUAUAUCAUUAACCUGCAUCGGUCCAGGAAGAAAAUCAAGCUGGCGGGAACCUUACGAAACAAGACGGUCCAUCAGUACCUGCUGCAGCCCUACGGAGCUGAUGGACUCCACGCCAGGUCCGUCCAGUUAAAUGGUGAAAGGUUGUCGAUGGUGGACAACGAGACGUUCCCAGAGUUGAAGCCUCGGACACUCCGAGCAGGGAGGACGAUAGCCAUGCCACCCAUGACCAUCGGCUUCUACGUCGUUAAGAACAUCAAUGCAUACGCCUGCCGUAGAUAACACAGUUCACCCCAGACCAUCACCACACUGCUCAUCUCAGCCCUCACCAAGCCUUCCCUCACCUCGCACGCUCAUCCUCACCCCUCACUGUAGUCAAGUAACAACACCCCCCCCCCCCGUCGUUUAUCGAAACCUCCUGUGCCCUUAGUGACCUUUUACUUACUCGUCGAGUCUCAAGGCUCUGGUCUGACUCAGAAAGGCUUGCCCUUCAUCUGAAACAAGGGUUGCACUGAAUACCUUUCACUUGCUCUCUACACCAAUUCCUAAUGUGCUGCAAGACAGACAGGGAUGAUUCCACUAUUAUGAUUCACUAUUGUUUGGUAAAAGGGUUAAUGGGUUUUGUUAUGAGAGAACUGCUAUUGUCAGAAGGUUGUCUCAUCGUCCAUGUCCAACAACUCCUCUCGUCCAUUGUCUUUGAUCAUCAGAUCUAGCGAUGCUAAUUCUGAUUUGUAUCCACAAACAACUCUUACUAUUUUCAACUUCCUGUUGUUGAUCAUCUCAAGCUCCUGGCUGAAAGAAAACAUUGUGGAAACAUGUCCAUUCCAUCCGAGGACAUGUAUUCGCUCCAGCAGCCAAAUCUGCUGUCUGACUGAAUUAUCUGUGUGUUUGCGUGUGUGAAUACCACCGCUGAUUACUAUGGCCUGUCCUAGUCUACCGUGGUUUCUUGGCGGUUUCCGGUACACAGAUUAGGCCAAGUCCAGGACUAAGAUGUGAUUCCUAUGGACAUUUUCCACUGAGCUUGAUUUUUAGUCUAGGACUACGCUUAAUCUGUGACUGGUAAACAAUGUGUUGAUCUUGUUUUCUGAAACCGCUUGGCCUCCUAUGUCCGCAUGUACAGUAUGUAUCUGGCUGUGUUUCAAAUACACAUCACUUCAUUCUCCCGUUCCUUUCGAGGCUGAACAUCCAAGAGCACCUGAGAGAGCAAACUGGCAUGUACAAGAGGGCACAGAGCACUGCAGGAGCUUUGUUUGAUUUUAUUGCUAGCUACAUUGGAAAAAUAAAAUGAUGUUUAGUUCACACUGUGUUUUGUGCUCUGCCAUGAUGAAUGACAGCAAGUGACCAACAAAGAAAGUUCUUCAGUAUUUUCAGAGGAAUACUCAGAAUGAAGAACCUGGAGAAAUAUGCUCCGAUGUUUACUUUGUUUCCAAGACGUCCCAAGUACACUACUGAACUUCUGCCAAACGUAUUACAAACUUACCAUUUGUAAUUCUUAAGUUUGGAAUAGCUCCUUCAAAAUGACUGUUGACUUCUGUACACAUUUUGAAAUACAGCCACUGUAUUUUGUUAAACGUUUCACUGGGAAUCUCUGUGAUAAAUGUCUUUUGUCUGAAUUACAUUUUAGGGUAGCAAUGCACAGCAGAGUAGUCAUGUUUAGACAGAAAUAAAAAGGGAAGAGACACAUUUCUUGUUCUCCUUUUUUCUAUGUAACAGGGGGAAACAAAAAUGUAAUUUGCUGUGUCACUUUAGCAGCACAGAGCUUUGUCAUUAUCCACAUAGGAUCUCCACCAAUCCAUUACGAACUCUAAAACAAACUCCCUACAGGCCAUCUAGUUACAUGGACAGACAUCUUAUGCUGCUAGCUUAAAUAAAGUUUGUGAUUGAGUUUGGAUAGUUUUGUACAGAUUUCCCAGUUGAUCAUCAUCCAGUUUCUAUAUGUAAUGUACAUAAAAGUGUGUUAAUUAUGGGAGAUGUGUGCUUGAAGUGUUUACUUACAUAUAAUUAUAAUUUAAAUAUAAUGUAUAUUUGUAUGUAAUUAUUUUUUAUGUUGAGGAAGCUAAAUUGAACUCAUUGGUACAUUUUGGGUAAGACUGGGGGUACAGAGUAUGGUGGAGUGUCACCCGUUCUCCAGUGUAUCUUCGUGGUCAUUGAUUUAGAAACGGUGAUCAUUAGGGUUGUGGGCUGUAGAACAAUGUUUUGCCCGAAGGUGUUAAAUAAUAAUGAGCAUUUUCUUUUUCUUGUCUGAAUGUGUUUCAUUGUUCGUGAAGAGUUGUUCAUAAUUACUUCUUCUUUUUUUUUUUUUUAAAAGAGCAUUAUAUUAUGUCUAAAGUAC